AUGCCAAAUCUAGAAUCCCUGGAGGCAAGGUUCUUGAAGGGCGAGCUGGAUGAGUCUAACGAUAGGCAACCUUACUUAGCUUUAGAUAAACUACGCACCUUAUUAGUCGACGAUACAGAGGCUUCCACAUACACAAUCAGCAAAUUGAUCCUACCACUGGCAGCACUAAAAUGCCUUAUCCGAGUCUGCCGUCCCUAUCCAUACAACAGUUUCGGAAGACUUUUACUUAUGCUCAACCAUUCCAAACCGCCCUUGGAGCAUUUAGAAAUCUCCGAUUAUGACUUCACCAACAGAAGGCUUGACAACCUCCUUCGACUCUUCCCAGAGUUGAAAACUCUUUAUAUGGUUCGAUUCGGUAUCACAUGCAGCUUCUUUGACAAGUUGUGCACAACAUACGUAGACAACAUCUUCAUGGACAAGAUUCAAGAACAAUUCGUUCUAUGUCCCAAGCUGAGAACACUUCAUUUCAAGGAUCUCAGAUGGAUAAUGAGAGUGGAUUAUUGCCUUACUUUGUUACUUAAAGUCAUUCCUGCUGCACAAUUUGGCUAUUAUACAGUGUCUUCUGACAUUGCGAAAGAUGAGCUUCAACCUGGAUGUAGUAUUAACCAAAAUGAUCGAGAGACAAGCAAGUAUAUACACUCUAGAAAAAUCGAGAUUGACAAGAAGCAACAACAACAACAAAGAUACGCAUGUACAAUUACUUCAAAACAAAACAAUCUUCAAUCUUCAAUCUUCAAUCCAAAUCAACAUCAAUCAGAAGUAGAUCGAAAGCAAAUUCAACAAGCAAACAAGCAAACAAGCAAACAAGCAAACAAGCAAACAAGCAAACAAGCAAACAAGCAGUAA